AUGGCUACUGCGUCGGUCGUCCACCCGCGACAGCCCUCUUCUAGCGCAAGCCCGACUACAUCAUACUCGUCGCAUACCGGGCAGGCGUCUCCGGCUUCUCGAUACGAAUCUACCGGCCUCACGACCCUCUCUGGUCCGUACACCACCAACGGUGAAAUCCAGAUUGGAGGCGCGAGGACAGCCAGUGCUUUCGAGCAGCACCACCCCGCUAGCAUUCCUAUCUCGUCGUCCGGCGCUCAGAGUGUCUAUCAGAUGAUGACGCUGGAAACUUCGUCGGGAACGGUACAGCUCCCGGUAGACGUGCAGGCCGCGUCAAGAGUCGCAGACGAAAAGCGGCGGAGAAAUGCAGGCGCCAGCGCGCGCUUUCGACAAAGGCGCAAGGAGAAGGAGAGAGAAGCGGCGACAACGAUCGCGGCACUGCAGCAGGAUGUGAAGGAGUUGAGCGAGCAGGUGACCUUCUACCGGGGCGAGCGAACUUAUUUUGCGCAAGUCCUGAGCCAGAUGCCGGGCGGAGAGCGCCACUUGUCCCGCCCGCCGUCUCCCCGACAUCAUCACCGUAGACACCACGCGAUGCCACCGCAUCCGCCCAGCGACUCGGAGGGCUAUGGCUACACUUCUAUGCCCGAUCACGAAGCGCGAAGUCCGAACGAAGGCCGCAAUGUCAGGCGACGCACGUCUGCUUACUCUCUGCCGCCGCCGCCGCCGCCUCCUCCUCAGCAACAGCCACCAUCUAUGCCACCACCGCCGCCGCAAGCCGUUUUCCACGGCCAGCCGGGGCGUGGAACGGCGCAGUCCAUGAGUACAGGCCCGCUGCCGUCCCCUCUGACUUUGGAGCCUCUACCGCCGCCACCUUCUCAUUUCGCGCCUUCGAGCUUUGCACAGCAGCAGCAGCAGCAACAGGGACCGCCGGGACCUCCACCGCCAGUGAUGCAGGCCUACCCUCAACCUGGUCCCUUCAAUCCAUACGCGCCCGACAGGCGAACAUCCGGCGCUCCUGGUCCCAAGCGGGAGGGCUGA